AGUAAAGUCAGUACUCGCCCACUACUGAUAUAAAAACAAACACCACUGACCAUUUUUGCUCUGCACCUUGAUCGUCGCACGACUUCAAAAUCCUCCAAAACCGAGAUUCUCUCUUUCUUCUCCGAUUUUCCCACCACCAUGGCCAUGGCUUUUAAGAUGGCGACUACAGGGAUGUUCUUAACCGAUGAAUGCAAAAACUCUUUCAUGGAGAUGAAGUGGAAAAAGGUGCACAGGUACAUAGUUUUCAAAAUUGAGGAGAAGUCUCGGCAGGUCACCGUCGACAAGGUCGGCGCAGCCGGCGAGGGCUAUGAUGAUCUCGCCGCCUCCCUCCCCAAAGACGACUGCCGGUACGCGGUGUUCGAUUUCGACUUCGUCACCGUCGAUAAUUGCCGGAAAAGCAAGAUCUUCUUUAUCGCAUGGUGCCCGUCGGAAUCGAGAAUCAGAGCGAAAAUUCUGUACGCGACGUCGAAAGACGGGCUGAGGAGAGCGCUGGACGGAAUAUCCUAUGAAGUUCAGGCGACCGACCCGACGGAGAUGGGAAUGGAUGUGAUUGAGGAGAGGGUCAAAUGAGCUAAAGAAAAAGGUCAAAUCCUGUUUUGGCUUUCUAAAGGGCAAUGAUUAAUUUUAAGGCUAAUAAUUCCCCACUAAGUGCAGCUGUAAUUUUGUUGCCCACUGUCUUUGUGGAUCUGGUAGUGUUUCAUUUCUGCUAAUGGUUUCUGUAACAGUAAGAUGUUCUCUAAUGGUGAUGAUCAACUUCUUCGUUUGACCUAAUUUAGUCCUACAAGUAAACCUUUCCUCUUCCUUUUUGCGUUUCACUAAAGAGAAAAAGUGGUAUUGACCAAAAAAUAUACAAUUGAAGUAUAACGUGUUGGUGUCGUUUAAAAAAUAAUUAAUGCUCUUGUAAUACGAAGUAUCAUACUUCGUACUUCUUAUUUCUUACUCCGUAUUUAUUUAUUUAUUUAAAGCCUAAAUAAGUGGUCUUACUUGUAUGGAAAAAAAAUUAAAUUCUAUAAACGACAUGUUUCAAGUUGCUGAAAUUUGAGUGAAGUGCCAG